UACGCCCCCCGCCGCCAGCCUGCGGCACGGCCAGCCGCUGCCGACCCUUCUGCCCCUCCUACCACCUGCGGCGGCCAUGAAGGGGACCCCCAGCUCCCUGGACACCCUGCUGUGGGUCUACCACUAUCACAGCUCCACCGAGGUGGCGCUGCAGCCCCCGAUUCUGUCUUCCCUGGAGCUCGCCGCGGCCGCCGCCCACGAGUAUCUGGAGCAGAGGUUCAGAGAGCUGAAGUCCCUGGAGCUGCGGGAUCCCGAGGAGCCCACCCUGGGGCUGGUGCUCAGAGAAGCCGCAGCCGGCCUCGUGAGCUUCAGCGCCACCUUGUUAGAGAUAUCAGCCCUUUGGCUACAGCAGGAAGCGGGAGGACUGGACGGCAGAGACGGCAGCCCAGGCCCAGGGGCAGGUGCCGGAGACCCGGGCGGAGCACUGGCCCGGGUAGCUCAGGCGGCCCGGCAUGGGGCUCUGCGAGCGGGGGCUGCCGCAGGCUGGAGCGCGCGGCUCCUGGUGCAGGGGGUGUGGCUGUGCUUGUGCGGACGCGGCCUGCAGGGGUCCACGUCGUUCCUGCAACGCUGCCGAUGCCCGCUGGGCCUUGGAGUCCCCGGGGAGCCAAGACACUCAGGAGACCUCAACGUGGUGUCCAGCAGCAAUAAGGAGGACACCGGACCAGAGCACCCAUCACCACCCUAGCUCCACCCCAUGUCUAAAUAAAGUCCACGAGGGGUGGAAAUAGCUAAA